AUGGUUAAAUUUUCGCUUGAAAACAGCGACGUUUAUUAUUUAGCUCUAUCAGAGCAACCGAAAAGAUUUGACGCUGACAGUCCUGUGACAAAUGUGUUUUUUGAUGAGACUAAUGGACAAGUGUUCACAGUGCGAUCUGGUGGAGUUACUGGUGUAACUGUAAACAGCAUGGAGGAAUCUAAAUGUACUUCUUUCCGCAUGGAGGACAAGGGCCCUAUAAUUUCAAUAAAAUUUUCUCUAGACCAAAAAGUACUAGCCAUACAACGGAAUAAUGAUGGCCAAAGUGCAACAGUAGAAUUUGUCAAUUUCAAAGACUUGACUCCAACAAAUGCAGAAUACACACACACCUGCAAAUGGAAGAAUGCGAAAAUUCUAGGUUUUGUGUGGCCGAAAGCAAAUGAGAUUGCGUUUAUAACUGACCAUGGUAUAGAGUUGUUACAAGUUCUACCCGAAAAGAAGCAACUGAAGACUUUAAAGAGCAUAUCAUUCAGCGGUGCCUGGUUUUCAUGGUGUUCAAGAAGCAACAUUGUGGUACUGGCUGGCAACAAUGGAGCACUACUCCAACCCUUCUUCUUCAACAAUUCAACAAUCAACAAACUGCAAAAGUUGGAAUUGGAUUCCUCCAGACCCGUUGUAGAGCGAGAUGUAUUUAUUCUGCAGCUCUGUGACGUCACAUGGUGCGCGGUAUUUAGACAUGGACACACUGCCGUCAUGACUACUCCAGGCCCAACAGAGAUUUGGUUAAUGCCACUCUCCGGUGCAAAUGGUGUAAACUACACGCACAUACUGAAGACGGGUCUCGUUGGAAGAUUUGCGCUGAGCGUAAUGGAUGAUCUGGUUGCAGUACAUCAUCAGUCAAGUCAAACGUCGCAACUCUUCGAUAUAAUGGAGGAGUCUAAGGUGGAAAACAACACAGUCAUUCACAUACCAUUAGUGCCAGGGCAUUCGAUGAAGCCCGCAGUUGUGGAUGAACAACUUUGCCCUAUGUAUUCUGGCAACUGGGUGGUAUUUCAACCGGACUACAUAAUAGACGCUAGGCUUGGUUGCCUGUGGCGUGUGAAUCUCAUACCGGAGGGUCUAGCUAAUAAUGUUCCAAAGGACGAGAUAUCGAAAAUCGUUGCCGUUUUACUCAGACGAAAGGACGGUAAGGACACGGUGUACAGGAUAUUGAAUCAACUGGUUUUGUAUGUGGACAUAUACUUAGUUGAGCUGACGAAGGCCUUUGACGAGAUCAACUCUGUGUAUAGACAGUGGGCGGAGCUGGAGGUGGCUCGCAACACCGCUGGGCUGCCGGAUUGCGCGAGGGCGGGGGCGAAGGCGGGGAGGGGGGCGGGGCGAGGGGGAGGGUGCGGGGUCCUCGCCCAGCAUGACAUCUGCGCAAGGGUGCUCCAACCGCACGCUGAGCAUCCGAGAAUCGUGCAGGUGGUGACGGCAUACGUGGCGUCGCUGAGCCGGCACGGGCUGGCGGUGGGCGAGGGCACGAGCGCGCUGUGCGUGCGCGCGCUGGUGACGGGCGGGGCGCGGGCGCGGCUGCGCGCGCUGCUGCGCCGCCACGCCCUCGCCGACUCGCGCCCGCUCGCCUGCCAGCUGCUCUCGCUCGGCCACCUCGACCGCGCCGCCGCGCAGCUCGCCGUGGACAUGAUGUGGCGGCUGCGCGCCAGGGAGGAGAUAGUGGAGGUGUUGCUGAGCUGGGGCGAGCCGGUGAGCGCGGUGGGGGCGGCGCGGCAGAUGGACGAGGCGGGCUGGUUGGGGCUGGCGGCGCGGAAGCUGCUGGCGGCGGCCAGGCUCUUCGCGGAGACCAGCGCCGGGCCGGCCGCCUUCGUGGCGGUCUACCACGCGCUGCAGGCCCGGAACGAGCGGCUGCGCGGCUCGCCGCACUUCCUCAAAGGUGAGCAGUGCGAAAGCUACAUCGAGUAUUACAAACAAGUGACGGCCGAAAAA